ACGUCUUCAUCGGCAUUUUAAGUUGCAAUUGUUGCUCUGUAGAAAAGAAAGAGAUAUGCAUUUAUUACAUUAGUUAAACAUCUUAAACGUAUUGUUAAAUUAGAUAGUAACCCUCAUUAAGUUUAAAGUGCAAACAUAAUGUCGAGGCACCGUCAGUUUAUAAUGCUGAUUAUGCUCCUGUUGCUGGCACUUGUUGCCGCCAAAUCGAAAAUCUCCGCUGUGCAGGAGGACAUAAUAGACUACAAAGACUUCAAGAAACUACUGCGGACGAAGAACAACAUGCUUGCCCUCUAUGUAUCCAGCGCCAAGGAGGCUGCUGCCGAGUUGAAGGUAUUUCGGGAGACAGCAGAAGCGAUACGCGGCACAGGAACUAUGUUGUACGUGGAUUGCUCCAAUCAGGAGCGCAAGAAGCUCUGCAAGAAGCUUAAAGUAACGCCCACACCGUAUACACUGCGCCACUACAAGGAUGGGGACUACCACAAGGACUACGAUCGUCAGCUGAGCGUAAGCUCCAUGAUAACAUUUAUGCGCGAUCCAGCAGGUGAUUUACCCUGGGAAGAGGACCCUGCCGGUGCGGAUGUGUUGCACUUUAGUGACGCCGCCGCAUUUAGCAAACACUUGCGCAAGGAUAUACGGCCCAUGCUGGUCAUGUUUCAUGUGCCGUGGUGCGGCUUUUGCAAGCGCAUGAAGCCGGACUACAGCAAAGCAGCUACCGAACUUAAGGCACAGGGUGGAUAUCUGUUGGCCGCCAUGAAUGUGGAGCGACAAGAAAAUGCUCCAGUGCGCAAAUUGUUUAAUCUAACUGGUUUUCCUACAUUAAUUUACUUCGAGAAUGGAAAAAUGCGCAUGACCUACGAGGGCGAGAAUACCAAGGAGGCACUAGUAGCAUUUAUGCUAAAUCCCAAUGUGAAGCCAACGCCCAAGCCAAAGGAACCCGACUGGUCGGCUGAUACCAACUCAGAAAUUGUUCAUCUCACUACGCAGGGCUUUGAGCCAGCGCUAAAGGAUGAAAAAUCCGUGCUGGUCAUGUUCUAUGCUCCCUGGUGCGGCCAUUGCAAGCGCAUGAAACCGGAGUACGAAAAAGCAGCGCUUGAGAUGAAGCAUAACAAUGUGCCAGGAAUGCUCGCCGCACUGGAUGCCACUAAAGAGCCGACCAUUGGCGAAAAAUACAAGGUUAAGGGCUAUCCAAGUGUAAAAUACUUUUCCUAUGGUGUUUACAAAUUUGAUGUGAAUGUGCGCGAGGCUACCAAAAUAGUCGAAUUUAUGCGAGAUCCGAAAGAGCCACCACCACCGCCGCCGCCAGAGAAGAGCUGGGAGGAGGAGGAUGAGAGCUCUGAGGUCCAUUUUCUUAACGAUGAAACCUUUAGCUCGACACUGAAACGCAAGAAGCACGCGCUUGUUAUGUUUUAUGCUCCAUGGUGUGGUCACUGUAAGCACACAAAACCGGAAUUUACGGCCGCCGCAAAUGCGCUGCAAGAUGAUCCUCGAGUUGCCUUUGUUGCCGUCGACUGCACAAAACAUGCUGCCCUUUGCGCCAAGUACAAUGUGCGCGGGUAUCCCACCUUAAUAUACUUCUCCUACCUCAAAACGCAGCUCGAAUACAACGGCGGACGUACCAGCAAAGAUUUCAUAGCCUAUAUGAACAAUCCGCCCAGCUCAAAGGACCAUAGCGAACUGUGAUGAGUGUAAACAAUCAAUCAUUGAUGGAAUCUCCAACAUAAUCUGUAUUAAUUUUGUAUUUACAAUGCCCGCUUUAUAAUUCCUAGCAAUAAUUUUCUAACAUGUUAACUGCCUUUCAAGUUGGUUCAAAUUGAUUUCACUUAAUAACCAAUCGGACAAACAUAAAAGCUGA